GUGCGCCUGCUUCGACGAACGGCGUAUGUAAUCCAAAGAAGCUUUAGUUAGCUAACAACUAAAAUGUGUCUUCCCGGCGAACAUUUUAUUUUAAUGCCUGAUUUUUCGUUUUUGACGAUGAAGACAUGACGACUUUAUUCGUUGAAGAACGAGGAUUCGGGGAUCUCGUGCCUAUUAGAGUUCGUUUGAAGUUGAAGAGGGGCGGAAGGAGCAGCCGCUGUUAGCUAACUGACGUUAGCUCUCCGGGUGUCGGCGUCCCCGGCUCUUCCUCUCCGCUGCUGAGCUUCUGGGUCUGAAGACACCGUGUCACGCUUAUACUCGAGUUUCGCUAUACGAUAAGUAGUUUACAUUCCAGACACUAGUCUGUUGUGUUUUUAAUUGUAUUUGCUUGUGAAUGAAACAAAGUAGCUUCCUCCUGGAGGAUCCCGCUUGUUUUGGAUGGUCUGACGGAAACUAACCCAUAAUCAAUUGAAGGCGCUGUCAACGUAAAGUUUUGUUUUGAAGCUUCAAACUCUCCGGUUCGACCUGUUUAAAGGUUAUGAGCGUUCAGUUCAACUGAAGCCCCAUGGCCAGAUAGAAUACAGACUUCACCAGGACGCAGACGCCUCAUUAUGCACCGUGUUUAAACCGGAAACACAACUUCUGAUGAACUCAAACUACAUCUGAGGUCCGCGUCGGCUCUUUGGAAACAUGAGAUCUGAAUGUGAAGACGUUUGUUUGCUUUGGCCGGACGAUUAUUAGUUUUUAAAUUACCUACGGGAGAAGAUGGAGGCUGAAGUUCAGUCUCAGCCGGGUGAUGUUUUCCUCCACCCGCUCUCCAACCCCGGGGCUGCGGGCAUCUGCCCCGAAAUGUUGGAGGUGGCGGAGGAGGCCAGCCGGGCAGGGGACUUCAACCUGGCCGUGGAGAUCUACAGCUCGCAGCUCUCCGACCUCCAGCAGCCGGACAGGGGCUUGUGUCUGAGGAAGGCCGACACUCUGGCCCGAGCCGGGCGGAUUUCUGAGGCUCUGGAGUCCUACUGCACAGCGGCCAGCCUCGGCAAACUACGCCCGGAGGAGCUCCCGGUCCUGGUGGAAACCAUCGCCCGGGCCCUGCGAGGGAAAGAGCCGCGCAUCCCGGCGGCUUUGAACGGGCGCGGCGGACAGGACGGGCUGCAGAGCGACGGAGAGUGCGAGGAAGAUGGAGCCCUGGACUUGUUUUCAUGUCGCCUCUGCAAGUGUUUGCUGCAUGAACCCACAACCAUGGAGUGCGGACACACUUUCUGCAAACGCUGCUUGGAGGACGAGUCUGUUAAAGGUUGCAUGAUGUGCACGCAGAUGUUGAGCCCCAGCGAGCGGCUGUUGAACGGCCGGAGGGUGAACGUGGUCCUCAGCAGCCUUCUCAACAAACUCUUUCCAAAUGAGAGCAGAGCCAGGAAGUUCUGGAUGGAGGGAGAGGAUUUAUGGAGAAACCAGAACCUCCAGGAUGCCUUGGAGAAGUACAGUGCAGCAGUAGACCUAGUUCCCUCUUCAGGCAGCCUGCUGUGUCAGCGAGCUGAACUGAACAUGGAGAUGAAGAACUUCAGUCAGGCGGUGCAGGAUGCCAACAGUCUUUGUAGAUUAAAACCUCUUUGGACAAAGGCCCGCUGUCUAAAAGCCACUGCACUGAGUAAAGCUGGUCGGAAGGAUGAGGCCUUGCAGGAGUACUUCCUGUGUGUGGCACUAAAGCCCGAAUGCACCAAAGUGAAACUGGAGGCUCAGAAGGUACUAUCCGAGCUGUUUUCCUCUGUUUUUGAGGAAGAGGAAAUGCCAACACCGCUGCACCCUCUGCAGGGAGGGCUGGCCACUCGGCGGAUCAAACCUCCCGCCUUGCUCACAUCCUUGAAGCCGCUGACACAGAAACUAGGCAGCUCUUCACAGGAGUUUAGUGCGUCGAAAAGUGCCCCCGUGGAUGAUUUGUCCUCCAGAUUUUGUCCUCUGUCUUCUUGUAAAUCGGACCCUGCUGCAGGAGAAGGCAGCUCCAAGAGCCUAGUUAAUGUUCUGUCUGCACUGCCGACACCCCCUGGUGGCCUGAAAAGGAAACACAGCAUCGAUGACCCUUCACCAGCCUUAAGUCCGCCCUCGAAACUUUCCAGACCAGACGAAGCCAGCGGGAAUCAAACAGCUGUAGUUUGUGGAAGAAGGAUGUUUCCUGUUGAGCUGCUGGACAGUGGAGACUUGGAGUGCUCACUCUGCAUGAGAUUGUUUUACGAGCCCGUGGCGACUCCCUGUGGACACACAUUCUGUCUCAAAUGUCUGGAGCGCUGCCUGGACCAUAACCCCAACUGCCCUCUGUGCAAGGAGAAUCUGGCUGAGUAUCUUGCCUCAAGGGGCUACAAUAAGACCUUUCUGAUGGAGGAAGUCCUGCAGCGGUACCUUGGAGAAGAGUUGGCCGAUAGGAAAAAAAUCCAUGAAGAGGAGAUGAAGGAGCUGUCCAAUUUGAACCAGGAAAUGCCCAUCUUUGUGUGCACCAUGGCCUUCCCCACCAUCCCCUGCCCGCUGCACGUAUUUGAGCCGCGCUACCGCCUCAUGAUUCGGCGCUCCAUGGAGACGGGGACCAAACAGUUUGGCAUGUGCAUUGCAGAUGAGCUCAAAGGCUUUGCUGAUUUUGGCUGCAUGCUGCAGGUGCGAGAUGUAAAGUUCUUUCCUGAUGGGCGUUCUGUGGUUGACACCAUCGGGGUGUCUCGGUUCAAAGUCCUCAAACAUGGACAGAGAGAUGGUUAUCACACGGCCAAGAUAGAAUACCUGGAAGACAAGAAGGUUGAUGGAGAGGAGCUGGCAGAGCUUCUGAAGCUGCACGACUCGGUGUACGAGCAGGCCAACAACUGGUUCACCUCACUCAAAGACAACAUGAAGACUCAGAUACUCGGACACUUUGGACAUCUUCCCAGCAAAGACGCAGACCCACAGGCCAGUCCUGAUGGUCCAGCCUGGUGCUGGUGGCUGCUUGCCGUUCUUCCCCUGGAGAAUCGAGCCCAGCUCACCAUCCUGGCCAUGACCUCCUUCAAGGACCGCCUCAUCGCCAUUCGAAGGGUUCUCAUCUUCGUCACUCGCAAAAGACCGCGGUGAUAGACGAGGAGCUGCUCCCACAUCUGUGCAGUUCACAAACUUCUCAUUCUGUCUCAGCGAUUCGUUCUCUGAGCUAUACACUUGACUUGCUUCACUCCCUCGACAGUUCAUGAACUCUUCUUUGUGACAUGUAGCCGUUCAGAGCUUCACUCGAACCCUUCCACCCCACAGCUGCCUCCAAACCACCGUCACGUCUGACUGUGCCCUCACAGCUCAAGGUCAAAAACAAACCAGGCCAUUCAUUUGAGUUGAGGAAAUACAAACAUUGAGCAGAUCUUUUUGUUUGACAUUUACAAGAAGAGCAACACACAUGGGUCCAUCACAAAGCUGUGAAGUUCACCACACAUUGACAAAAAACCUAAAUUAAACCUUUGCAUGAUAACAAAACCUCAACAAAGAUAGCCAUCUGGUUGUGUGAGGACUUGGGUUUUAUUUGGCCCCUUCCUUACGACACCUGCAGACCCAGUGGAGGGCUCAGUCGCUUGGACGAGCCCUGGCAACACGGUGUCACUUUAAAGGUUCCUGACGGAGCCCAGACCUCAUCUGCUGGCCGGGGUGAACCUUGAAACGAAACAUGAACGUUUGAUUCAGCUCGUGUGUGGGAACAAGUGUCUCUACAGCAGCUUGUACUCUUUUUAAAAGAGAUUCAAAAUAGGAAUUAGGGUUUAACAGUAAACCAGAUUCUUGCACAAACUCCUGCUGAAGAAUAAUCUGCAAGUUGACAUCUUAUUGUAGCACAUCUCUGGGACAAAGUACUGAACUAGUUUUGGGGUUUGACUGUACCCAUAGCAGUCUGUGUAUCCUAACGAGUGAUUUCUGUGUAAAUCCAUGACUGAGGCCUUUUUAAUGUUUUAUUCAAGAAACAUUUAAACGUCUCUCCUUACUCUUCCGUGUUGUCAUAAAAAUGCACACUAUAAUAAUACACUUGCUGUGCAGUGGAGUUUCCUUGUAAACAGUUACAUCUGUUGAUUUUACUUGUUUUUUUACUAUAGCACCUUUUAAAGCCUGAUUUCAAUCUGCAUUAACUAUUUAUUUACUGCUGGCACGUGGUGUUCCCAUUUUAUUAGUAAAAAGUCUAAACUGUUUAAAUCAGUCUCGGUUUUUGGGGAUGAGUUUUGCAGCUUAAAAUGUUUUUGUUUUGUAAAAUAAAACAAAGAAAUUGCAAAAUAACCUGUAACCUCUUGUUGGUAUUAAAAAAUGAAAACGGAAGAACAAAAAGAUCAUGACAGUUGUGAGUUUUCAGUAAAGUCUGGAAAAUGUAGAUGAAAAGACGAGAAAUAAAACGCGUUUGCUCAACCUCACAGGAAAUGCAGCCUGAACCGAAAACUUGAAGCAAAUGUGAGGAAGGUUUCUGUAACGUACCUGGCUUUAGGUGCACGUCAAACCAAACCCCAGAGGGACUUGAACCAAACUUCAUGUCUGGAUUACUGGCACUGUGAGGAAUGUUUCUGAGCUGGCCCAGUUUCAUACACACAGGACGUCUGAAGUUCCACCGGUGAUAAAAUGUCCUUUAUUCAUAAGAACCAGGAGCGUCUAGCUUCUUUAAAUAAUAAUGGUAUUAAAUUAUUCAGGACUGGCUUUAGUUGUGAGCAGUUUUUCAAAUGAAAGGAUUUGAUCU